UUCUACGUCGCCCAGCUUACAAAGGAGAGGGCCCCUGAGGAAUACAAGACUCUUGAAACGACCCCUAUAGAUUUCUGGGAUGUGGGAGAAGAUAUGUAUAAGUUUAGCAAGGUCCUACCAGUUUGUACGUUCGACACCAACAAAGAGGGGGAGUUGGAGAGGAUUAACUUUAACCAGCAAGUACGAGACUCUUAUAUGAACAUCCCCGUAGAGCAGGUGAGGCCCUUCUACACAGCCAUGAAAAACUUCAAUGACGCUCUCUACAACAAUUCUAUCAGGAUUAAAAUGGAACCAGGUGACAUCGUUUGUUUUAACAACAUGCGCGUCCUUCAUGGGCGAACAGAGUUCAAAGUAAGUCAGAGUGGAUCUAGGCAUCUAGAAGGAGCGUACAUGGAUUGGGAUGAAGUAAGAUCUAUGCAGAAUGUUAUUAAGAAAAAGUUAAACCUUAUCGAUUAAGAGAUGCUUGGUGUAUAGGCCUACGUAGGCUUAUUUGCCAAAAUUAGACACUAAGAUGAUUAUUUCUACGUGUAAUUAUAUGUUCGAUGUUCAUGUUUCGUUCAGUGUUAUUACUGUUCAUGGGAGCUGUUUUCUAGUUAUCUCAAAGAGACGUCAAACAUGGCUCCCAUGUAAAAGCAAAAAUAGCAGGACUCGAUCUGUUUUUGUGAGCGUCAAAUGCCCAAAACAGUCGAAGCAAUUGAAUUUGAUGACUGCAUCAUGGAUCCGAAUCACGUUGAUUGUUCAAUCUGUAGAUGGUAUGUUAUAUGGUGAAUGAGUAAAUUAUAUUCAUAUUUAGACAGAAUGUUCCGAUUAUUUGCCCACCAAUGUAAGUGCAUAUGUAUAUGGACUAUAUUGACUGUAUGUUCCCAUAUGUAUAUUUUGAGUUUAUUUUCUUCAACGUACCCUGUAUAUGAGACCUCUUUUAGUAUGAAUAUUAAAUAUCCUAAAAGAUGGUUUGUGUAACGAUCCAUGUAGGAACAUUUAAUCAUAUAUUAUGAAACCUUUUUGAAAAGAGUAUGUUAAAUAAUGUAUAUACUUUACGAUGAAUUAUGUAACAAUCUUGUAAAUAUUUGUAUUUUGAAACAAUAAACGGAAUUAUACUUUCAAA